GUGACUGGAUCAGACCGCUAGUCCAGCAUCUCUAAUCAUCAGACAACUGAGUGCAGAUAAACAUGUUAUGUCUUUUACUCCUCUGCUGUGUUUCAUUGCUACUGGCUGAUGUUCUUGGUGCUAAUGAUGUUACAGUGUCAAUGAUGAUGGGAGAUGAUGUCACUCUGCCUAGUCAAUAUGUAAUUAAUAAUGAUAAUGAUCAAAUGUGGUGGUUUGAAGGCAAAAUUAUAGCAGGAUCUAGCCAUUCAAAACACACCGAUGAAAGAUUAAAUGGCAGACUGGAGUUGAACCGUCAGACUGGAUCUCUCACCAUCAGAAACAUCAGCAUUAAAGACACUGGAGUUUAUACAUGGCAUUUUAUGGGCAGCAGAGAGGAAAAGAAGAACUUCAUUGUUACUGUCAAUGAUCAAGUGUACAAAGUGUCUGUGAUGAAGGGAGGAGAUUCUUUUUCUCUACCCACUGAUGUUCAAAUACAGCCAGAUGAUGUGAAAGUGUGGACGUUUAAUGGCACAGACUUAACUAACGGGAUAUUCUCAAACAUGAAUGUGAAUCAUCAGACCGGAGAGCUAAACAUCACAAACAUCAGAGCUGAUAAGUCUGGAGAAUAUGAAGUUAAAAUCGAUGGCAGAAGUUUGAUUUUACACAGGACAUUCAAUGUUUACAUCAACGAUAAAGUGAUGUCAAAAUCAGGGAUGGAGGAAAAAUCCAUCACUCUGAACAUUGAUAAUGAAACACAGGCAGAUGAUGUAAUCGAGUGGAAGUUUAAAAACACUCUCAUAGCUAAAGUGUACAGAAGAAUCAGUCCCCUCUCAUUACACAAGCCUGAUGAGAGAUUCAGUGACAGAGUCAAUAUUGAUUUAUUUGGCUCUCUCAUUAUCAAUGACCUCAAAAUUGAAGACACUGGACUCUAUGAUGUAAACAUCAGCAACAGCAAUCGCUUCAUUCACAAGAGAUUCAGUCUUACUGUCACUGAUGAACAGAAUCACUGGAAGACGGCUGGUAUAAUAUUAAUAGUAGUAGGAGUGAUUGAGCUGGGCAUAAUCAUGAUAAACAGAAAACAAAUCUUCAGGUGCUAAACGGCAGGGAAGGUCCUAAAGGCAUCAUUCUUAAGAACCACAACAGCACCAACAACCAUCAAAACACUGACAGCCAACUGGACCAUCAGCAGUAUCAGAACAGCUUCAGCACUAUCACUAGCGCGGACGACAUCUGAGGAAAGACACAAAAUUAGUAGGCUUACAUAAAGGAAUAUUUCACGUCAUAAAAAAUCCUGAUAAUUUAUUUACCCCCAUGUUAUCCCAGAUGUUUGUGUCUUUCUUUCUUCAGUAGAGAAGAAAUAUAUUUAUUUAAGAAAAUCAUUCCAGGAUUUUUCUCCAUAUUGUGGACUUUAGUGGACCAUAAAGGUCUCUAAACAAUCCCAAACAAUACAUAAGGGUCUUAUCUAGAAAAACCACACUGUAAAAAAAUUAUUUAGAAAUUAUAGUAUACUUGUAGCUGGUUGCCAGCAACUUACUGUAGAUUUUACAUUUAUGUUACUUACACUGCAAAAAAAAAAUAUAUUUUCAAGGAAAAAUUUUUUUAGUAUUUUUGUCUUGUUUUCAGUAAAAAUAUCUAAGAAUUUAAGAAUUUUUUGAUAUUUUUACUGAAAACAAGACACAAAUAAUAAGAAAUGUUUUUCUUGAAAAUAUUUUUUGCAGUGUACUGGCAAGAGUUUGUUCAAAAUUAAAUGAACAUGAAACAUUUUCUGUCUUUAUCUUCUACAAUAAGUUACUGGCAACCAGCUGCAUAAUUACAGCUAAUUUUUUACAGUGUAUUUUCGCCAAGGAAAAUUUAAAAUGUGCAUUUUUUAACCACAACUUCUCGCACUAUUAUUACUGUAUGUAAUCACGUGAAAAGAUUACGCAUGACGUAUGUGAAAAUACCGCUCCAGUGUUUACGAGUGUGGAGAAAGAGGACCGUUCAGAUGUUGUUGUAUGUGGAAUGAUACUACUUUAGACCUUUCUACAUGAUUACGUAAUACGUAAAUGCAUUUUUUAUUGAUCUUGCCGAAAAAGACGUUUGUUUCGCUGGUAAGACACUUAUGAAUCGAUUGGGAUUGUUAAGAGCCCCCUGAAGCUGUGUUAAAACUACAAUUUGUAACUGUUGAACUGUUGAAGUCCAAUAAAUUAAUAUUAAUAAUUUAAUAAAUCUAUUAAAUUGAGAAAAAAAAAUAAUUCCCGACUGAACAAAGAAAGACAUAAAUAUCUUUGAUGACAUGGGGGUGAGUAAAUUAUUAGGAUUUUUUAUGAAAGGUGGAGUAAUCCUUUAAAACGGUUUUCUAUUUUAAUGUACUUUGAAAAGCUGUACUGUCUCUGUUUAAAGGUGCAGUGUGUAAAUUUUAGCCACAUCUAGUGGUGAGUUUGCGAAUUGCAACCAACAACUCAGUCCACUGCUCACCCCUCGCGAAACACAUAGAGAAGCUACGGUAACCGCCACUGGACAAUCACGUCAUCGUCGGAUACAACUUUGUCCCACAGUUUGUCUGUUAAGGGCUUCGGUAGAAAAAUGGCGGCACAAAAUGGCGACUUUCAUGUAAGGGGACCCUCGGUGUAUUUAGAUAAAAAAUUUUCAUUCUAAGGUAAUAAGCACAUAACGGUUCAUCAUGGAAGGUCUUUAUACACCCCUGAUAAUGUAGUUUUUUAUAUUAUUUUGCAUUUCUGUCAAGAGGUCUUUUUACAAAUUACACACUGCACCUUUAAACCCAUAAUUUCUCAAGUCGUAAAGCAGUGAGCUAGCAACAGUAUUGUGUGUUUAAUUCUUAGUGAAUGCAUAUAUUUAAAACAAUUUAUAACUAAAUGUAAAUGUAACUGCAACUGUACUUUAAACACGAUGACUAAAAUUGAAUGGUGUAGUUGAUCAGGUAAAACAAA